GGUUCGCUUGACACAAAACACAUCCACAUACAUACAUCGCAUCCAUAUUACCACCAUCAAACUUCAAACCCCAAAUCCAAUACAAAAUGCAGAUCCCCUGCCUCCGCAAACAACGCUGCAAAUCCCAAAUUCCAUCUCAAUCCCAAUUCCGAAACAUAAACCAAAAAUCCAGAAAACCUACCUGUAGCCUCAGCCUCAACCUCAACGUCGGCCAAAAAUUUCGACUCAGAAAUCUCAAACGCAAAUUCUCAAAACUGAAGUUUAAACGAGGAAUAUUUGGUGGUGCAAGGAGAACGAGGGGAAAGACGAGGAAAGUUGAUAUUAAGCGACGGUUUGGGCGUUUUCUUCGACCGAAAAAAGUGCAUUUUGGAUUUCAUCCGCGGAAGUUUAAUUGCAAGUGGCGUUUUCCUGGACUUAAGUCCAAGGGGUGUUUUGGGUUCGGGUGGAGGGGACGGAGAAGGGUUGUUAAUUGGGAUAGUGAUAAUUCCACGCCUAGCCAUACCUUCGUACAAGCUAUGAAUACACAUGCCCAACGGAACAGUCGGAGAAAUACAAGUAGUAUAAAUGCGGACACGAGCACACCCUCUACACACUCAGAAGAUAGAACACAUUCACAAGCCCACCUACUACCUGAGCAAGCCCAAACAAACCAAGUCAACCCCAACCACAACUAUCGCUACCCCUAUUCCUUGGCACCCGAAGACUUUCCAGAUACCUUCUAUCGACUCCAUCGAGAUGAGAACUGGAGAGAUACAUCCGACCUUCCCCGAUCGUACAGUAACAACUCAUUUAAAUCCAGCACUUCCCUUCAAGCAACAGAUAGCAAGUCCAACAAUCGAAGACAAAUACAAAAACCAAUUUACAAUGCUUCCGAACACGGCUGGUCAGCAAAAAACACAUACACGCCUGUUCCUCCUUCUCCGAAGCAAAUAUUAAUGCUAGUGCGAGGACACUUUCUCGAACGCGGAGUUUCAUCAUCUUCAAUUUUUGUUCCUGGGGUUUGGAACAAUAGGAAGGCUUCGGGGGUUAGUUUGUGGGAUAAUUUGGAGGAUGCUUUGGAGGAAGGGAGGAGAUUUGGUGGGGCGCAGAUAUUUCCUGUGGAAGGAGAUUUGUUCAGGAGAGCCUCUGCUGCAUCGACUGGUGGAGGAAGUGUGGUGUUUUGUAUGGAGGAGUUGUUGAGGAGGGAUAGUAAAUUGUGUAUGAUUACUAGGGGGAGAUAUGGACAAGCGAGAGAGAAGGGGGAAGGAGGGAAAAAGCGAAGAAGGAAUGGGUUGAGGGGAAAGGCGUAUUUGGUUGCGGGAGUUAUUCCUGGUGAGCAUUUUUAUGAUUUUGGGGUUUAGAAAUUAUAACCGGAGGAAAAAGUGAAAGGUGAGGUAAGAAGAGGUAAGAAGUUGGAGAUGGCGUGAUGUUGACUGACUCACUUCUAAAAAUAUCAUCGAGAUGAAGGAGGAUGACAUGGAUGGUGGUGAAAGAAUGACAUGGAAGGAAAAAUGACUAACAUUUCCAGGCACACAUAAUUAUCCACGAACAUCUCCCAUUACUGCCACGACAGACACAAAUACCACAUCUCAAAUUAGGAACGAAAAGAACGACAUCAACGUAGUAAAAAACAGAAGAAUAUCCUCGUCACCUUCAUCUUUUAUCUUUAACGAUAUUCAGGAAAUUCCUGAUUCUUUCGACUUCGAAACUUUCGAGCGAGCACAAGAAAAUCCAUUCAUUAAGUCACAAAGUGAUUCCAUGGGAAACGGACCUUCAACACAUGGUGAAAAAACAAGCGAAAGAGCCCUGCUUGGUUGGGACUUGAAUGUUCUACACUCGAACGAGACAAAAAGAGAUAUUCGAGAACUUCGUCGAGAACACAGGAAUAGCAAAGUGAUGAAAAUGGAAUCGAUUUCUGAAGAUACAAUAAUAGUAGAUGCCCACACAACACUUCCAACCUCUUCACAACAACUAUCACCAGCGAAAACGUCUAGCGAAAUCCCUCGGCGACAGGAUUCAAGAAACCCAAUGCGAAAAAUUAAUUCUAGAGCUGGAAUUACCAGAGCGGGGACUUUUGGUUCGAAGUCAUCUAGAGGAGAUUUAUCAAACGAUUUGGGACUAUCUUCGCAAGCUCAGUCAUCUCACGAGUUCGCUAUGAGCUCUGAAAAAUCUGGUAUUGACAGCAGCCAAGAUGUCAAUACCGCUACCGAUGCAUCUCGUGAUGGAUACAGUUCUGAAGAUAGUCUGAGCCCUGGCUCUGAUAUCCCGGCUGUGGCCAUAAAAAAGCGAGUUUUGCCUCCUCCUAAUUUUGAUGGUGAAAACUCGAGUGUGAGUGCUUCGAACGUACGUCCAGCCAAGUUCCGAAAUUCUUCGGCUCAACUCAAAGGAGAUUCUGGGUCAACUCCCAAUCCUGUUUUGCGUUCUUCGAGGGCUGUAGAAGAUGAAGAUAUGGAGUGGAUUUCAGAGGAAGAUACGGAAGCCGCAAAUCGUGGGCAUAUGAGACCGACUCCUGCAGCGAAUAAGAUUCCGAUGGAUUACUCGAAGAGCAGACGACCUAUCCGAAACCGAACACCGAGAAACUAUGGUGAUUCCCAGAAAAGUGUAAAACGAAGUUCUUCGAACAGCAACAACAACCAAGAGCUUCUUGAUAUGGACCCUGCAGAAUGGCAACUCAACAACAAAGAAUCAUCAACAGGGAGCAACACAAUUCCCAUUCACAGAAAUGCUGUGGGUAAAGGAACACAUGGUAAUGAUAAAAUCAAUCCUUGCGAGUCCAAUCCGCAUUUAAAAGGCACGGGACCACAUCAUCCUCUCUACAACGAACUCUCCACGAUGAGGCGCCAAUCCAUUCAACCCAAGCCCGACCCCAUACUCAAACUCAAACGAAAGCCCAUACCCGAACUAGAAAACGGUGAGAAGGUAUGGGCUUACAAAGCCGUUAUCGCAUUCGGAAUGCGCAAAUUUGCCGAUGCAUCGAAACAAUGUUAUCUCAUCGAAUGGAAAGAACCAUGGGGACCCACCUGGCAACCGAAAGGGUUAACAGAUAGACCAUUGAGAGAUGAUUGGCAGAAGAAAAAAAAGCUGUGGGAUAUGCAAUCGAGAACUAAGGUUGGGAAGAAAUUGACAAAGGAGAAGAAGGCGGAGAAGAUAUUGUUUGAGGAGGAUGGUUACUAUUUGGUGGAUUAUACGACGGAUUUGAGACCGGAGUGGAUAAAGAAGGCGGAUGUGACUGAGGAGUUAACGAGGGAGUUUCUGCAAAGGAAGAGGAAGUGGAGGUAUGAGGGUCAUGGAUUGCAAUCGGAAUAUGCGGAGAUAGGGAAUGAGGAGGAAGAAGAAGAAGAAGAAGAAGAAGAAAUGGAAGAGGAGGAGGAAGAAGGAGAAGAAGCUGAGGAGGAGGAGGAGAAUCCCUCAAAUGGAGUACAAUCAGACGUAGAUGGAGGCUCGUCAAAUGACGAACAAGAUUGAUGAAGGCCAGGAGUGAGUGUAGAGUAGGAGGCUUCACCCCUUUUGUAAGCGGGAGUCGUGGUGAUAGAUGAAACUGAGUUAGCUUGAGGAAGGACUUUUGGUACUUUUAGAAUAUCGAUAUUGGUUAACUGCAGACUGGUAUGGAAUACCAAUACAAGCUUCGAGGCAGGAAUGGUGCACUCUUGUUAAUGGAUGUAGAAGACUUCUUCUUUUAAAAUAGUAGAUGUGAGUUGAC